AUGAGCAAAUUUGACAGGAAUGCCCUCUGGCUACAUUUCUGUCUUGUUUUUAUAGACUUCAUAGGAUUGUCCAAAGACUUAGCAGUGCUGAACUGUAAGGUGCUCAAUGAGAAGUCCCCUUACGCCGUGUCAGGCGUCUAUUGGAUAGAUCCUGAUGGCGGUUCCCGUAGUAACGCUUUCCAGGUCUACUGCGACCAGCAAACAGACGGAGGGGGUUGGACGCUAGUUUACAGUUACACUUUCACUACCUACUCAAGCUUCUGGACCGGCCGAAACGCUGUCACUCCGCGCCCAUCUUGGUCAGCUAGCGGCGCUAACGUUCGAGUGUCUAAAACAGUUCCACUGAGCGAGACGCAGUAUGAGGCCAUGGACUUUUCUUUGUGGCGCAGCAUUGGCAAGGAAUUCCUGAUCAAGAGCAACAUCGACAACUGGAUUGCAUGCAAGGAAGGUUCUGGUAGCAUAGUGCAACACAAGAAGGGGUCACUUUCUUGUAAACUGGUGAAGCAGGUUUCUAAUCAGUGCACUGGAACGGUACCAAAAUUUAUGAGUCUUCCCAGUCGCAGACCUCUCCUCACUGCUGGAAGUACUUAUUACUACUUUGACGGGGACACAAGAAUUAACUCACCAACUCAUGAUCCUUGUGGUAAAAAUCGACCAAACCAGUUGAGAAACGUGCAAAACCCACAUGGAAACAUUUUUGUGCGCUGA